AUGCUUACAGACAUUAACAACGUACCUAUCCAAGAAGCCCUUAAGCGUGAUGGCUAUGUCAUUGUCGACGGACUUAUUGACCCUGAGCUGAUGAUCAGACUCAAAGAAGCCUGUGAUCGUGUAGUUGCCAAAGCCCGCGCAGGAGACUGGAAAUACAGACGUCUUGUAGGCACGCAGUUCCCUCCUUGGACUGAGGGCACUGAUGUUUGGGGUGUUCAGCACUUGAUUCACCCUGAGCUCAAUGAACCCGUCUUCCUUGAAUGGUACGGGUCCACUAAAUUGCUCCAGUCUGUCUGUGAAUUGUUGGGUGCCAAGAAGGAAGAUCUUCAAUUAGAACUGUUCAAUCUCCUCAUCAAUCCCCAGGAUUCUGACUUUGAUCUGACCUGGCAUCGGGAUGCCGUCCCUGCCGAGACAUCGGCUGAAGAAGAGAUCGAAAAACUCAAGGUUCCUCAUUACGGUACCCAAUGGAACACAGCACUUUAUGAAGAUGCAUGCCUUUAUGUUGUACCCAAUUCUCAUCGUCGUGUCCGAACACCCGAAGAGCGUGAUAUUACAAUUAACGAUCCCAAGAGCCACAAUAUGCCCGGUCAGUUACAGGUCCGUCUGUUACCAGGACAGACUGUGUUUUAUGACAAUAACAUUCUUCACCGUGCUGCCUAUAUUGCUGCUAACAAGCGCGCCACUCUCCAUGCUUCAAUGGGCACUAUUGAGGGUGGGCAUCAUCGUGCAAGCACUAUUUUCCAGCAUGGUCUGGACUGGAUGAACCAGCCUAGCUUCCAGCAGUCACUCCCUGCCUCUCUCGAGAAGCCUUAUGCAAACGUCAAGGCAAUGGCAGCCAAGACUGGAUUGGGUAAAAUGGAGACCAAGCCCAUUCAUUAA